AAUAUGGCCGCCAGUUCUUGACGCGUACGGAACCAGUUUCCAAUAUGAAACCGGUUUGGAACUAGUUUUCAUUGGUUUUUCGGCCCUCUGCAAGACCGUACCACGACCGAGAUUGGCACUUGUGUUGUACUUCUCUCAGAGAUUGGAACGGAGGUUACGUUACGACUGUGUGCUAAUAUGGCCGAUAUUACAGAACAGAAAGGAGAAACCCUCGACGCACAAAUGGAAAUCAAAGUGGAACCACCAGUACAAGGAUAUAUUGAAGAAGAACACGAAAACAGUUUUCCCGGUUUUGAAAGUAACAACGCAAUUCCUUCUAGUGCUGAUGUUGGUGCUUUAAAUUUGUGGACCAGUAAGGCUACUGCAUGUCUUAUUAAUCAAUAUAAAAAAUAUCAUUCGAUGGUAGGGCAAUCGACUCAAAUUCGAAGUUUACGUGAGAUGUUUGAAAUGAUCUCUCUUGAGAUGCAAAAACAUGGAUUUUACUUCAGUCCUCAGAAAUGCGAGAACAAAUGGCGUGUUCUAGAACGAAAAUACAAAAAUCUUGUGUUUCGAGAACGAUUAAAAAAACCUGGUAGGAUGAGACAUUAUGGACAAUGGGAACAUAAAAGAGCGUUGGAUGAAAUAUUUAAAGAAAAGAAAAAGCAUAUGUACUUGGAUAAAAAUGAUUUUCCAUCACCACCUGGUUCUGCAAGAUAUAUGUUUAUCUUACCAAAACAAGUGAACGAAGAAUCGAGCAACAUUGUUGUCAAUCAGCAACAAGAAGAUCCUCUUGCGGCAUCGCCAACGAAUUCUUCUACAAGUAACAAAAAUGAAGCAGUGGAUCAGAAAGAAACUCUGACGGCACUCUUUGACAAAUUUCUUGAUGAAUUGGCAAAACAUUUUGCUCUUGCGGAGAAAAAUAAAGAAAAAAGACAUAAAGAAAAAAUGGCAAUACGACAAAGUGAAUUAGAAGUUCAAAAAAAACUUUUAAAAUUAAAAGAACAAAAAGUUGAAUUACAACGACUUCAAAUUAUUGCUGCUGCACAGCAUAUACAUUUGAACAUGUAGCAAAAACAAACUAAUAUUUUAACUCAAACAAAAAAUAUUAGAACAAUGAUUUUACGUUUAAAUUUUUUGCAAUUUGUUU